AUUUUCUCACGAUUAGGGUUCAUCCUCCUCAAUGUUCAGCCUCCUCCAUGGCUAUUCUUGCUCUCCAUGACCUUCUCUCUUCCACAUGUAUAUUUGGAUUUCUUCUCUGAUCAGAAAUCAAUCGAUGAUUUCCAUUUUCUUUGCCUGCUUGUUUGAAUUUGGCCUCUGUCUUGGUUCUCACCACACUCUGCUCAGUUACAUGGUGUUUCUUCUCCAUCACUGUUGAAGGCUAUCACUCUUAUGACAAGGGACUUGUUCUAAAGGAUUUGGCUCUUGUCGUUGGAUCACACAACAAGAUAAAACGUCUUUAAACGUUGCUCGGUUCAACAAGGAUAAUUUACUGGAUGAUUCAGAUGAUGAGUUUGGAGAGAUUUUGCUAUAUUUUGCUUGCGAGGAAUAUAAUCAAUUAUAUCUUUCUAAGCAACCUUGUAGAAAUUCAGCUCUUUCAGGCCAUGAAUACGUUAUGGAAGUAUUGCACGGGCAUUGGAGUAGGUGUUAUGAUUUGUUUAGAAUGAACAAAGAUGUCUUCAAUUUAUUUUGUGGUGUUCUAAAAGAAAUUUUUUUAUUGAAGAACUCACGAUAUCUGUCUGUUGAAGAACAAGUGGCUAUGUUCUUAUUUGUGAUUGGCCAUAAUGAACGACAUCGUGUGGUUGCUGAACGAUUUCAGCACUCCAUCUCAACCACAUCACAUUAUUUUAGGAAGGUUUUGAAGGCAAUAUGUCGUCUAUCCAAAGAACUAAUUACUCCACCUUCAUUUGAUGUAACUCCUCCACAAAUUCGAUUCGAUCCAAGAUACUAUCCAUUUUUUAAGAAUUGUGUUGGAGCUAUAGAUGGGACUCAUAUUUCUGCGCAUGUUCCAAUUGAUGAACAAAUACCAUAUCGAGGUCGAAAAGUGGAUACAACUCAGAACGUUAUGUGUGUAUGUUCAUUUGACAUGAAGUUCACAUACGUUGUUCCUGGAUGGGAAGGAUCAGCUAAUGAUGCACGAAUUCUUCUAGAAUGUGCCACAAACCCAGAUUAUGGAUUUCCAAUGCCGCCCCAAGGAAAAUAUUAUCUUGUUGAUUCUGGCUAUACAAACAUGCCUGGUUUUCUUUCACCAUAUCGAGGAGAAAGGUAUCAUUUGGGCCAGUACACAGAUCUUAAUCCCAUAGGAAAAAAAGAGCUCUUCAAUUAUCGACACUCUUCCUUGAGAAAUGUCAUUGAGCGGUGUUUCGGUGUGUUGAAGGCUCGCUUUCCAAUCCUAAAACAAAUGCCUUCAUAUGAUCUAAGAAUACAAAAGUACAUUGUCAUUGCUUGCUGCGGGAUUCACAAUUUUAUAAGGACAAAUGCAGAAGCAGAUGUAUAUUUUGAUGGAGGUGAAGGAAAUUCUGAAGUACAGGCCACUACUUUACAAAGCACGGAUGGAAUUUUGACUGAUAGUGUAGAGUUCAGUAUUUCUAGAACUCAUAUACGUGAAAUGGCUCAUGUUCGUGAUGAAAUUGCUGAUCAUAUAUGGAGAGCUAGUCCACGAUAGUGAGAUUGAGUAAAGACAUUAGUUGAUUGUUAUGACUCGUUUAAUGAUUUACUUUAAGUUUGGACAAUUAUCAGUUCAUACGUUUUUUUAUUUUACUAUGUAAA